CAGCUCAGAUUUUCUAAAGAUGUCACCUUUUUAUGAUUUGAUUUUUGGAUUUUGGAAAUGAACCCAUUUUUGUUUGUUUAUCGAAGGCCAAUGGGUUUGCUCUUGAUUUUCAUCUUCUUCUUUGCUAUCACCACAAUCUCACCUUCUUAUGGGUACGACCCAUUGGAUCCUCAUGCAAAUAUAACCAUUACAUGGGAUCUCAUGAUCGAUAAUGGAAAUACAUAUGAUGUAAGAGUAUCACUUCACAAUUUCCAACUAUUCCGACAUAUAGAGCAGCCUGGUUGGAAAUUGAGUUGGACAUGGAAAGGUGAUGAGGCAAUAUGGGAGAUAUGGGGAGCAGAGGCCACCCAGCAAGGGAACUGCUCUAGAAUCAGGGGUCCAGUGCUUCCUCAUUGUUGUGAGAAGCAGCCAGUGAUUGUUGAUCUCAUGCCAGGAGCACAAUAUAACAAGCAGGUUGCAAAUUGUUGCAAGGGAGGGGUGCUAACCUCCAUGACACAAGAUCAUACCAUGUAUGUUGCUGCUCUUCGGAUGAAUGUUAACAAAGCUUCUGGUAACAAUACAUCAGAUGGCUUCAUGCCAGUAAAUUUCAAUCUUGGUCUUCCUGGUUAUACCUGUGGAGACCCAUUUCAGGUUCCCCCAAGCAAGUUCAAAGAGGAUGGAAGCCGUCGAUGGACACAAGCUCUUGAUACUUGGAAUGUAACCUGUAUUUACUCGCAAUUUCGAGCAUCACCUACGCCGAAAUGUUGUGUUUCCUUGUCUGCAUUCUACAAUAAUACCAUUGUUCCUUGCCCCCAGUGCAGCUGUAAUUGCCAAGAACUGGCUGGAGCAAAAUGUGUAAAGUCUGCUAAAGCUCUUCCUCUGUUAGAGCUACCACAUGCCAAUGAAGAAGAACAACAACCUUUGGUGAGGUGUUCUCAGCACAUGUGCCCUAUAAAGGUGCAUUGGCAUGUGAAACAAAGUUACAGAGAAUAUUGGAGGGUCAAGAUCACAAUCACAAAUCUAAAUUUUGUCAAAAACUAUUCCAAGUGGAACUUGGUGGUACUCCACCCCAACUUCAGAAAUGUCACUCAAAUUUUCAGCUUCAACUACCAGCCCCUAAGCCCUUAUGGAAACAUCAAUGAUACAGGAAUGUUUUGGGGGAUUCCAUACUACAAUGAGAUGUUACUUCAAUCGGGACCAAGCGGAAAUGUACAAAGCGAGAUGCUACUGCACAAAGAUCCAGGUAUCUUCACAUUUAGAGAAGGAUGGAGUUUCCCAAGAAGAAUUUCGUUUAAUGGAGAUGAAUGUGUCAUGCCCCCUCCAGAUCAAUACCCUAGGCUCCCCAACAGUGGUCAUAGUGCCACAGCAAGGCCUUUGAUUCUUCUCUUGUUGUUAUUGCUUGUAGUAGUAUUUUGAACAGAAAGUGUCUGCAUUAGAGAUUAGAACUCAUGAUUAUAAAUACAAUACUCAUUUAUUAGUGUAUUUGCUCAUAAUUUAGAAACAAA